AUACGAAGUCACACAACAGCUAAACAUCUAUUUACACAUCCAGUGAUUUGACUAGAAACCUAACAUGACCACGUAUACAGAGGAACAUAUUAAGGCUACGCCAUGUGCGAGUUUUCUGUUGGGAUUUUGAAACCAUUCAAGUGAACUAUUUUGAGAAAGAACGAUGCCGAAAUCAAUCCUGAUCGACUGCGAUGCUGGAAUAGACGAUGCCCAAGCUUUAUUUAUGGCCCUCGGCUCUCCGGAAGUGAAGGUGCUGGCGAUCACCAUUGUUCAUGGAAAUGUGCUUCCAAAGCAAGUGUCCGUCAAUGUCCUCCGCAUUCUCCGAGUAGCGGAGAGAUUAGACAUACCUGUCUAUGUUGGAAGCGAGACAAGUAUACUGGGCAAUGAGAGAUCGCAUGAGGAUAAACCAUACCAUGGCUGGGAUGGACUGGGCGAUUCUCCGGAUCCGGAACCCGUAGACGAGUCUCUAAUCAAAGACGAACCUGCCUCGACCGCCAUUGUGCGGAUUUGCCGGGAGAACGAAGGGAAUUUGACGUUAGUUUGUUUGGGACCACUAACGAACGUAGCCUCUGCUAUAAGAAUGGACCCCACACUUGGUCAGCGCAUACAGCAGUGUGUAAUAAUGGGCGGUAACUAUUAUGGCAAAGGAAACACGACAGUCUGUAGCGAGUUUAAUUUCUUCUGUGACCCCGAGGCUGCAAGGAUUGUCCUUACACAACUACGAGCCCCUGUCACUGUUGUUGGGAUGGAACUUUGCUACGACAACGCUCUUUCUUGGGAGGAUUACGACACCCUACGUAGCAGAACAUCUAAAGUCAACGAAUUCAUGAAACGUAUAGAGAAACAGCCAUUUGAAAAAAUCAGAAUGAAUCAAUUGGAAUGGCCUAGGUACAUCCCAUGUGAUGAAUUUGCCAUGGCAGUUGUCAUUAAUGAAUCCGCAGUUGUCAGGGAAUCUAAAGAAGUGUUUGCUACAGUGGAGGUCAAAGGUGAAUACACGUACGGCAUGAUGGUGGUAGACUGGACCAAGAUCUUACGGAAACCAAGCAAUGUAAAACUCGUCACCGAAAUCGACAACGAGGAAUUCUUCAAAAUGUUACGUCAGUGUGUGAACUGGAAAUGAAGACAGAUUCCUGCGAUCACGAGUUACUGUCAUCACAUUCUGAUGUCUCCUAAAGGGUGGACCCGGUUGCCGGUCUCAGUACAAAGACAGAACACAUUGGUGGCAACAACCUACACAAUAUAUGCUUAGAAUUUAAUAUAAAAUAUAAGUAUUGGUGUAAUUUAAUUGUUCUCUUGUAGAUUUAUUUACUAAUAACAACACAGCAUACAAAUCUUGAAAUGUAGGGAUUCUGUCACAUUUUGGCACAAACGUUAAUAAUCCAUGUAUAAAAAAGUUAACAAACAAACUGGGACUGCUCGCUACACUCUUAAAAACUAUUUAACGUUUCUCAUCGUGGGUAGUAACCGUACUGCGCAUGCAUCACACAAAACUUUCCAAUAGACAUUUUUCGACAUCUUGUAUUUUGUGGUCCUGAAAAAAAAAAAUGACAUCAUAUUAGAUUGACCUGAUCGAUAGAAAGACUUUAGAAUUGCAGCAAGUCAAAUCUAGCACCCACAUCUGUCUCGAGCUGUAGAAUUAUAUAUUUAAACCAAAAUUGACUAAAUAAAGGGCAAUGUGCAAAUAUCUGUCUGCAUUAUUCCAUCCAUCUAUAUUUUUUCUGAGGAUCAAAACAACAUUAUCACUACUCCUUAUCAAACAAAAAGAAGGGAAAAAACCUACUUCUUGGACAACAGAUGUUAUAUUCAGCAUUGCAACUGUGAUUCCCUUUACAAUUUCCCAUAUAACAUUUCAUAGGGGCGUUAUUCCCAGCUUUCUGAGGUGGUCCGUAUAAACAGGCUGCGGAUGGAAUAACCUUCCUGCCGACUCUAAACUCUGAAAGUAGAGCAGUACGUUUUAAGAUUUGAUUGGUAAAUCUCCGGAUUUUGACAGAAAUCCGCAUAACAAACUGUGGUUACGUAGAACGUGUAAUUGCAAGACGAAACAACUUUAAUUAUAUAAUGUAUGUAAUACAUAAAUACUUAUUGGACAACAAAAGUAAUCUUUUAAAUUUUUGUGUAAAUUACGUCAUCCAUCUUAUUUUUAGCCUAGGGUACCAGUAUGCUAUUGCCAGUGCGGAAUUCCUAAAGUACCCAACUACAUGUAUAAAGCCUUGAAAAUGUGUAAUGUUCAUGCAAACAAUAAAACGGAACUAGAGGAGAAAAGAAAAAUUUGUAUUACAUUGAAAUGAUCAUUUUACAUUGUCGCCCCAAUAAAUGACAAUUCACACAA